CAGACAAAUCAAUCAAUCGGACCGUCCUCAAUUUUUAUGGGUUUUUAGUUUUUUAAUAUAUAUAAAAAAAAGAGAACUUUGUGAUAAAUUUUCAAAACCUGAGAAGCUCGAUUCGAAUCCGAGAUUCACCAAAGUUGAGGCUUUUGGAAUUGCCGAGUCCCUGAAACAUCUUUGAACCCGGGAAAGUUUGCAGCUUUUCAUGUAUCAUCCGACGAGAGGCGGUGUUCGCGGUGGUCGAGAUCAGUUUAGUUGGGAUGAAGUGAAGGCUGAUAAACAUAGGGAGAACUAUUUGGGUCACAGCGUCAAGGCCCCUGUUGGAAGAUGGCAAAAAGGUAAAGAUCUUAACUGGUAUGCUAGAGAUAAGAAACAAGGGGGUUCCAACACGGAUGCUAUGAAAGAGGAGAUUCAAAGAGUUAAGGAACAAGAGGAACAAGCCAUGAGGGAGGCUCUGGGUUUAGCACCAAAGUCCUCUACAAGACCACAAGGCAAUCGCCUUGACAAGCAAGAGUAUACUGAACUUAUCAAAAGGGGUUCAACAGCCGAGGACCUGGGUGCAGGGAAGGCUGAUGCAGUUUGGGUUCACGGCAUUGGCUAUGCAAAAGCACCACGUCCUUGGGAAGAUCCUAGCACCCUUGCACCCUCUCAGACAGAAGACAAAGGGCCAGCACCUCUGCCAGCAGAUGCACCAGUGAUCAAAACUGUUGAAGAUGUACCAAAAGAUACUGAGAGGAGUCAAGAGAAGGAUAAGCACGAGGAAAGGAAACCUGCGAAGAGAGAUAGGGAAGAGAGACAUGAAAGGCGUGAUAAACAUGAAAAGCGCGAGAAACGUGAGAGGCAUGAAAAGCGACACAGUCGUGAUUCAGAUGACAGGAAGAAGCACAAGAAAGAGAAGAAGGAUAGGAAGAGGAGGCAUGACUCUGACUCCGAUUGAGUUAAACUGUGCCGCUGUGUCUCUUGUUCUCUUACAGGGGAGAAGCUGUCUCUUCUGCAAGAUUUAAAGAUCUUUAUCUCAUUUCGUGUUCAAAUGAUGGAGUAAAGAACGAAACCUAUCAAUAUGUUUGUCUGUUGAAUAUUGAACGAAUUAAUUUUUUUUUUUUAAAUAAAAAAACUGAUCUAAUGUUUGUUAAA